AUGGCGUUCGGCGAAAUUGUAGGCACGUCGUUGGAGGUCCCGCGAGUGCCGUCGACGCUGCGAGUGCUGGUGCGGGAUGGCGGGCGUCCCUUCGACGUGGAUCAGCAGCUGCUGCAGCGAAAACAGGCUCUCGCGCGGCGAAGCAGCUCAGCUGGCGCCACGUCAGCAGAAGCAGGCCACGUGGCACCAGCAGUGGGUGCCACGUCACUGGCACAGAGACUGGUUCCCGAGUGGGAGAAAGCCCCAGCUAGUGUGCGAGAGGCGUACGAGUCGUUCCUAGUGGCCGUCCAAUCACUGCUCGCCACGGAGGUCUCUUCUGCCGACCUGCACGAGGCAGCAGGGGCGGCGUUUGACUGCAUUGACCGCCAGCUCAGAGCGAUUCGGGCGAAGCAGGCAGGGGAAGGGGCUGCAGGAGAGGAGGGAGGCCACUCGGAUGGUCUUGCCGGGGCCUUGAGUGAGGCAGAUUCGCUCUCUGAAUCAGAUCUGGGCAGCAUAAGGUGGGUGUGGGCUUCAGAUUCCCCCAUGUUUGGGGCGGACGUGCCGUUUCAGGUGCCUGGUGCCGGCCUAGAUGGUAACCAGCUGCUGCAGCAGUUCUGGGAGGAGGCCAGGGCCCGCACUCAGGCGCGGGCUCAGGUGGAUUCUCAGGUGGAUUUUCAGGUGCCAGCACAGGUGCAGGCCAAUGCGCCAGAGAACCGUUCCAUGUAUGAAACGGCUGAAUCAGGGGGCAGUAAGGAUCAGGAGGAGGGUCCUCGGGACCUGCGGUGGCUGCACCAGUCGUGUGUGGAGGCGGCUCAGUGGGGGGGAGGCGCGCAGCUGACUGCUGACGAGCUGUCGCUGGCUGUGCUGAAGCUCAUGCAAUCCCCGGGGUCUGGAGAUGAGAUGUUCUUUCAUGUUGUCUCUCGCUGUCAUCUCUCUCUGUGUCCGCCUUCCUCCUUGCUUCCCUUCCCACCACACUUCCCUCCCCCCUUUCCCACCACACUUCCCUCCCCCCUUUCCCACCACACUUCCCUCCCCCCUUUCCCACCACACUUCCCUCCCCCCUUUCCCACCACACUUCCCUCCCCCCUUUCCCACCACACUUCCCUCCCCCCUUUCCCACCACACUUCCCUCCCCCCUUUCCCACCACACUUCCCUCCCCCCUUUCCCACCACACUUCCCUCCCCCCUUUCCCACCACACUUCCCUCCCCCCUUUCCCACCACACUUCCCCCCCCCUUUCCCACCACACUUCCCUCCCCCCUUUCCCACCACACUUCCCUCCCCCCUUUCCCACCACACUUCCCUCCCCCCUUUCCCACCACACUUCCCUCCCCCCUUUCCCACCACACUUCCCUCCCCCCUUUCCCACCACACUUCCCUCCCCCCUUUCCCACCACACUUCCCUCCCCCCUUUCCCACCACACUUCCCUCCCCCCUUUCCCACCACACUUCCCUCCCCCCUUUCCCACCACACUUCCCUCCCCCCUUUCCCACCACACUUCCCUCCCCCCUUUCCCACCACACUUCCCUCCCCCCUUUCCCACCACACUUCCCUCCCCCCUUUCCCACCACACUUCCCUCCCCCCUUUCCCACCACACUUCCCUCCCCCCUUUCCCACCACACUUCCCUCCCCCCUUUCCCACCACACUUCCCUCCCCCCUUUCCCACCACACUUCCCUCCCCCCUUUCCCACCACACUUCCCUCCCCCCUUUCCCACCACACUUCCCUCCCCCUUUCCCACCACACUUCCCUCCCCCCUUUCCCACCACACUUCCCUCCCCCCUUUCCCACCACACUUCCCUCCCCCCUUUCCCACCACACUUCCCUCCCCCCUUUCCCACCACACUUCCCUCCCCCCUUUCCCACCACACUUCCCUCCCCCCUUUCCCACCACACUUCCCUCCCCCCUUUCCCACCACACUUCCCUCCCCCCUUUCCCACCACACUUCCCUCCCCCCUUUCCCACCACACUUCCCUCCCCCCUUUCCCACCACACUUCCCUCCCCCCUUUCCCACCACACUUCCCUCCCCCCUUUCCCACCACACUUCCCUCCCCCCUUUCCCACCACACUUCCCUCCCCCCUUUCCCACCACACUUCCCUCCCCCCUUUCCCACCACACUUCCCUCCCCCCUUUCCCACCACACUUCCCUCCCCCCUUUCCCACCACACUUCCCUCCCCCCUUUCCCACCACACUUCCCUCCCCCCUUUCCCACCACACUUCCCUCCCCCCUUUCCCACCACACUUCCCUCCCCCCUUUCCCACCACACUUCCCUCCCCCCUUUCCCACCACACUUCCCUCCCCCCUUUCCCACCACACUUCCCUCCCCCCUUUCCCACCAGCAUUGCAAGUCAGCGCUCUCAGCUUUAAAAGAGGCAGUGGAGGCGGAUGCAGGGGGCAGCGCCAGCAGCAACAGCCACAUGCAGCACGGCGCUACAGUGACCGUGCAGACCGAGUCAGAGAAACAGCUGGAGAAGCAACACAGUGUACCUCUGUACUUCCCCUUCCCAUCCGCCCUUCUCCCUCCCCUCAUCCGCCCAACUUCCCCCCUUCCCGCCUUUUCCACCAGCAUCGCAAGCGGCACCAGCAACAGCCACAUGCGGCACGGUGCAACCGUGACCGUGCAGACCGAAUCAGAGAAACAACUGGAGAAGCUCCGGAAGAAAGAGGACAAGAAAAUCGCCCGUGCCGCAGCAAAAACCGGAGGGGGAGGUGGAGUGGGGGGAGGAGCGGGGAGAGGGGGGGUAGAGGGGGAGCUUGCAUGGUUGCUCGGCGCAGGGGGGUUCUCAGCGCUGGUAGAGGCUGGGGAGAAUAAAACCGGAGGGUUGAUUGAUGCCCUGAUUGGCACAGGGGAUGAUGCUGUGCCGGUCAGAGCGCUGCCUGUGGGGACUAAGAGGAAGGCUUUUAAAGGGUAUGAGGAGGUGCAUGUGCCGCCAGCAGUAACGGAGGGGGGCGCGGGGAGAGCACAGGAGCGGCUGGUGAGAGUUGGUGAGAUGGAACCGUUUGCUCAGAAGGCGUUUGAGGGAUUUCAGACGCUCAACCGCAUUCAGAGCCGCAUCUACCAACGAGCCUUCUUCUCUAAUGAGAAUCUCCUGGUGUGUGCGCCCACUGGAGCUGGCAAGACCAACAUUGCGAUGAUCACAAUUCUGCAUGAGGUGGGAGCCAACUUCAAGAACGGGGUGCUGCAGAAGAACGACUUCAAGAUCGUCUACGUUGCUCCCAUGAAGGCGCUAGCAGCAGAGAUGGCAGCAGCUUUUGGGCGGCGGCUGGCUCCUUUGGGCCUGGCAGUGAGAGAGCUGACUGGCGACAUGCAGCUGACCAAGAGGGAGAUGGAAGAGACGCAGAUGAUCGUGACAACCCCUGAGAAGUGGGAUGUAAUCACGAGAAAGAGCUCUGAUGUAUCCAUGGCGUCGCUGGUGCGCCUGCUCGUGAUCGACGAGGUGCAUCUGCUGAAUGACGACCGUGGGCCUGUGAUCGAGACGCUCGUGGCGCGCACCUUGAGACAGGUGGAGAGCUCGCAGAGCAUGAUUCGCAUCGUGGGCCUCUCGGCAACACUGCCCAACUACACUGAGGUGGCUCAGUUCCUGCGAGUCAACCUGGACACGGGGCUCUUCUAUUUCAACGCCUCCUACCGCCCCGUGCCGCUCUCUCAGCAGUACAUUGGCGUUUCUGAGCCCAACUUUGCUCGGCGCAACACCCUUAUGCACGAGAUUGCAUACGAGAAGGCAAUGAAUGCGGUGAAGAAUGGGAAGCAGGCAAUGGUGUUUGUGCACUCUCGGAAGGACACCGUUAAGACCGCAAGAAUACUGAUGGAGACGGCGCAGAGGAACGGGGAGGUAGAGCUGUUCAAUCCACAAGAACAGCCGCAGUACAAACUCAUGGAGAAGGACGUGAUGAGGUCGCGCAACAGGGAGAUGGGGGAGCUUUUUCAGGCUGGUUUCGGCAUCCACCACGCUGGCAUGCUGCGCCCGGACCGCUCGCUCACAGAGAAGCUCUUCAGCAUGGGGCUCAUCAAGGUGCUUGUGUGCACAGCCACGUUGGCUUGGGGAGUCAACCUGCCGGCUCACACUGUCAUUAUCAAGGGCACUCAGCUGUACGACGCCAAAGUUGGCGGCUUCAGGGAGCUGGGGAUGCUGGAUGUGAUGCAGAUUUUUGGUCGAGCAGGGCGGCCGCAGUUUGACUCGAGUGGGGAGGGCAUCAUCAUCACAGCCCACAACCAACUCGCACACUAUCUCCGUCUCAUGACCCACCAACUGCCCAUCGAGUCCCAGUUCGUGGCAAUGCUGAAGGACAAUCUGAACGCAGAGGUGGUGCUGGGGACUGUCACCAACGUUAAGGAGGCGUCGGCCUGGCUGGGGUACACGUACCUGUUCGUGCGCAUGCAGGCCAACCCGCUAGCGUACGGCAUGACAUGGCAAGAUGUAGCCAUGGAUCCGGGCCUGGUGGCUCGGCGCCAGGCCUUGAUCACCGAGGCUGCUCGUUCACUGGACCGAGCCAAGAUGAUGAGGUUCGACGAGCGCAGUGGGCAGCUGUAUGUGACGGAGCUGGGGCGAGUGGCUAGUCACUUCUACAUCCGAUACACGUCUGUGGAAACUUAUAACGAGCUGCUGCGGCGACACAUGAGCGAGAGCGAGAUUGUGGAUCUCAUAGCCCGGUCAUCCGAGUUUGAGAACAUAGUGGUACGGGAGGAGGAGAUGCCUGAGCUCUUCACUCUGCGCUCCAAGUUCUGCCCUCUGGACGUGAAGGGCGGGCCAGAGGACAAGAUCGGAAAGAUCAACAUUCUCAUCCAGGUCUACCUAUCGCGCGGCUACCUCGAUUCCUUUUCGCUCAUCGCCGACACUGCCUAUGUAUCUGCCUCGCUGGGCCGCAUCACACGUGCGCUCUUUGAGAUCGCUCUAAAACGAGGAUGGUGCUCCCUGGCGGCAGCCCUGCUGGAGAUGGCGAAGGCGGUUGAUCAGCGGAUAUGGCCCCACCAACACCCUCUCAGGCAGUUUGAAUCCGUUAUUUCACAGGAGGUACUGUUCAAGCUGGAGGACCGAGGGUUGGAUCUUGACCGGCUUUGUGACAUGGACGACAAUGAGAUCGCUGCCAUCAUCCGCUCGCCCUACGCUGCCAAGCUGGUAUCCCAGAGUGUGUCUCAGUUCCCCUAUCUCGAGCUCGACGCACACAUCAGCCCCAUUACCCGCACUGUGCUCCAGGUGACGCUCUAUGUGACACCGACCUUCCAGUGGAAGGACAGAUUCCAUGGCAACUCCCAGCGCUGGUGGAUAUGGGUGGAGGACAGUGAGAACGAGCACAUCUACCACACGGAGUACUUCAUUCUCUCCAAGAAGAUGAUGGCGCAGGGCACACACACGCUCACCUUCACCAUCCCCAUCUUUGAGCCGCUACCUCCACAGUACUACGUGAAGGCCAUCUCAGACAACUGGCUUUCCUCCUCCUCCACCCAUACCAUCUCCUUCCGCCACCUCAUCCUGCCCGAGCGCCACCCCCCGCACACAGAGCUGCUCAAUCUGCGUCCUCUGCCCAUCACUGCACUGGGGGACCCCGAAGCCAUCGGGCUGUACGGCUUUUCGCACUUCAACCCCAUUCAGACUCAGGCCUUCCACACGCUCUACCACACCGACCACAGCGUGCUGCUCGGUGCUCCCACCGGCAGUGGCAAAACCAUUUCGGCUGAGCUUGCCAUGCUCAGGCUGUUCCGCACACAGCCAGGCAUGAAGGUGAUUUACAUAGCACCACUUAAAGCCCUGGUGCGAGAGAGGAUGGAGGACUGGGGCAAGAACUUCAUGCCAAAGCUUGGCAAGUGCAUGGUGGAGCUGACGGGAGAUCUAACCCCGGACAUGAAGCUGCUGGUGGCAGCUGAUGUGAUAGUGGCGACACCAGAGAAGUGGGACGGCAUCACACGCAGCUGGCACAACCGCUCAUAUGCGCAGACGGUGGGGUUGAUGGUGAUGGACGAGAUUCACCUGCUGGGGCAGGACAGAGGGCCAGUACUGGAGGUGAUUGUAUCGAGGAUGAGAUACAUCUCGGCCCGCACCUCCCGCCCCAUCCGCUUCCUCGGCCUCUCCACUGCUCUCGCCAAUGCCAGAGACUUAGCGGACUGGCUGGGCAUAGAGCGAGUGGGUCUGUUCAACUUCAAGCCCAGCGUGCGGCCUGUCCCACUAGACGUGCACAUCCAGGGCUAUCCGGGGAAGUUCUACUGCCCGCGCAUGAACGCCAUGAACAAGCCGCUCUACGCCGCCAUUGUCACCCACUCGCCUGUGAAGCCCGUGCUCGUGUUCGUCUCCUCAAGGCGCCAGACCCGCCUCACUGCGCUUGACCUUAUUCAGUACGCAGCAGCGGACGAGCGGCCGCGGCAGUUUGUGCAUGCGAGUGAGGAGGAGAUGGAUGCACACGUGGCCAUGGCCUCGUCGGCAGAGCUGAAGCACACGCUGCAGUUUGGCAUCGGGCUGCACCACGCUGGCCUCACCCAGGGGGAUCGAUCGCUAGUGGAGACGCUCUUUGCUGAGAGGAAGAUUCAGGUGCUCGUGUGCACGUCCACACUAGCAUGGGGUGUGAACCUGCCAGCCCACCUGGUGGUGGUGAAGGGAACGGAGUAUUUCGAUGGGAAGCAGAAGCGGUAUGUGGAGAUGCCCAUCACAGACGUGCUGCAGAUGAUGGGGCGCGCGGGGCGGCCUCAAUUCGACAACGAGGCCAAGGCGGUUAUUCUCGUGCAUGAACCCAAGAAGAGCUUCUACAAGAAGUUUCUGUACGAGCCGUUCCCUGUGGAGUCCUCGUUGCACCUGGUGCUGCACGACCAUCUGAACGCCGAGGUGGCGGGGGGCAGCAUAGCCAGCGUACAGGACGCCAUGGACUACCUCACCUGGACCUUCUUCUUCCGCCGCCUCCUCUGCAACCCCUCCUUCUAUGGCCUCUCUGACACCAGUGCGGAGUCCGUGAAUGUAUUCCUUUCGGAUCUCGUCAGCCGCACGCUCUCCGAUCUGGAUGCUGCCGGCUGCAUCGCCCUGCACGAGGACGGCAGUGUGGAUCCGCUGCCGCCCGGCCUGAUUGCCUCACAGUACUAUCUGCACUUCACCACCGCCGCACUGUUCACCGCCAAUCUCACUUCGCCGACCGCUGCUGCUGCAAUUACACUUGAGACAGUGCUGCAUGUGCUGUGUGGGGCGGCAGAGUUUGAUGAGCUGCCAGUCAGGCAUAAUGAGGAAUUUGUGAAUGCUGAGCUGGCGAAGCAUGUGCGCUGGAAGGUGGACCAUCGCACCUAUGACGACCCACACACCAAGACCAACCUCCUGCUGCAGGCGCACUUCUCCCGCCUGGCCAUGCCAAUGAGUGACUACGAGACGGACCUCAAGAGUGUGCUGGACCAGACCAUGCGAGUGCUGCAGGCCAUGAUUGACACUGCCGCUACAGCCGGCCAGCUACAGCCCGCUCUGCUCACCAUGCGCCUCACCCAGAUGGUCAUUCAGGCUGUCUGGUGCGACCUUGGCUCGCCCAUAGCCAUGCUGCCACAUGUCACGCCCUCGUUGGAGGAUGCACUCUCAGCUGCCAAGCUGGCAUCGCUAUCCGCGCUGCUGUCCGCCUCGCCACAUCACCUCCGCCAGCUCCUCUCCUCCCACCUCUCCCCUUCAGCUCGCGCUGACUUCCUUCAGGCUCUGGGAAUGCUGCCUCGAGUGUCCAUGUCAGUGCGUGUACUACCUUCCGGCACAGCUGAUGGGGAGAAGACGCCUGCAUCACAACCCAAGUCCGCCUCUCCUUCUAGUCCAGCAGCAGGAACAACAGCAGUGGUGGUGGAGGUGUCGCUUCGUCGCUCUCGACCACACCAGCCGCACUCUCUGCGUGCCUACACGCCUUUCUUCCCCAAGGUGAAGGAGGAGGGGUGGUGGGUGGUGGUAGCAGCAGCUGACUCCCCCGUCCUGCUCGCCCUCAAGCGUGUCUCCUUCACGCACCGACUCACCACUCGCCUGCAUGUGCCCGAGCUGCAGUUGUCAGUGAAGCAGCUGUCAGUCCAUCUCAUCUCUGACUGCUAUGUCGGGCUGGACCAGCAAGUGACCGUGUCAACAAACGCUGCUGCUUUAACUGCCCAAGGCACAAUUGGGCAAUAUACCAUCGAAAAUGUCGGGUUUGCCAUGGCUGCAGCUGCUGUUGCUGGAAAAGAGAAGAAGGGGAAUGUGCUGGGAGGUGGUGAAGGGGUGAGUGAAGGGCGUCAGGAUGGGCGAUCAUUUUCGGCGCUGCUGACGUCACAUCGCAGGCACAAGCUGUCCCACUCCAUCCUUGACCCACCUGCCACGUCACCACUCGACGACAACGCAGACCAACCGCCACGUCAGCAGAUGCAGUGGGACGCGUUCCGUACAGCGCGCAUGGCAGGCGCGGGCCUCUUGCUAUCCGGUCCGACGCUGCAUCUGUGGUUCACGCGCCUCGCCAGGUUCAUCCCAGGGACGGACGUGCCUCGCGUGCUGCUCAAGAUCACCCUCGGGCAGCUGCUGUACAGCCCUGUCUUCAACUCCGUUUUCUUCUCAAUCAACGCUGCUCUGCAAGGGGAAAACAAGGAGCAAAUAAUUGCUCGCUUGCGACGAGACCUGCUACCAACGCUCAUCAGCGGCGCCUGCUACUGGCCUGUCUGUGACUUCAUCACGUUCCGAUACGUCCCCGUGAGACUGCAGGUACUAACCAGCAACACUGCAGCUUUCUUCUGGACCAUCUACGUCACUUACAAAGCGAGCCUGGCUCCUGCUGCUGCUGCUGCUGCCACCACUGAUGCUGAUGCUGAUGAUAAUGCGUCUCAAUCGAAUUACAGCAAGGAAGAAUAG